AUGAGAGUCUCUGUUGCACCCUACCUCUUCUUUGAUGGUAAUUGCGAGCAAGUACUCAAAUUUUAUCAAACCGCACUAGGAGGAGAUCUCAGAUUGCAACGUUAUUCCAAUUUACCAUCCACAGGCGAUCAUCACCAAGUUCUUCCAAACGAUUGGAAUGACAAGAUUCUCCAUGGUUCUUUGUUUUUACCAACCAACAAUAAUGAACUCUUAUUGAUGGCAUGUGAUCAUCGAGAAAAGGGUAAAGUCCAUGGAGGUUAUUCUCUCUCUGUGAGUGUUGAUGACCCAGAACAAGGACAACACAUUUUCAAGGCUUUGUCUGAAGGUGGAAAGGUUUUAAUGAAGUACGACAAGACUUUUUGGGCCAGAGGCUACGGAAUGUUGGAAGAUCAAUUUGGAAUAACUUGGCAAGUGAAUUGCCAUUGA